AGGGGCUGCGGGCUGGGAUGAGGGGCCCGGAGCCGGAGGAGGAGGGAUGGUUCCGUCUCCAUCGCCGGUUCCUCCCUCCCGGAGAACCGCGGGCCGCACCUGACCCCACAGAGAAAAAAGCGCCGGGAGUGUGGGUUUCCCUGCUCUCCGACCCAUGGCGUGGAUCAAACUUAAGGAAAUUGUGGCAAAUACUCCAUUUGGGGGUGGUUUACAACCUCAUCUGUAACAUUAUUUUCACGUUGCUGUGUGCAUUUCCAGUGUAUUGUAUAAUAAAGACAUGGUCGCUUUUAGGGGAGAUGUCUGAAAAACUGAGAAGAUGCAGAAAGGAGCUGACUGCAGCCAUUGACCGGGCCUUUGAAGGAGUCAGUCAUUCCCAGGAGUGCUCAGGCAUGCAGAGUCUGGAGCUGGACGCUGCGCCGCUUUCCUUCCCCUUCCCCAUGCACAGGCUCCUCUGCCGGAGGCACCCGCUGGCAGCCUGCUCCUCUGCGGCUCUUUUCUCUCCUGUCCCGUUUGCUCCUGGGAUUGAGAGCCCUGCCAUUGCACCAAACCACGAACCCGUGAGUGCAAAGACACGCGCUCUAUGCCCCAAAAGAAAACCUCUGACCAGCAAGGAAAACAUAUCGAUGCGUUCCUCCAUCUUGGCACCUGAAAGACAGUUUUGGAGAGCGGCAGGAGAUGGGGAGAACUGGAGAAAAGACAGUCUAAGGAAAGAUAUGGAGAAAGAUUUGAAGGUUGAGUCAAACAUGCCACUCAGCAGUUCUAGCCAAGAGAUCACAAAGGAUUUGCCUGACAUGAUCGACCAUACAGGCAUCCAAACUAUUGAAGAAGUGGCUGGAAAACUAGAAUUUGAAAGCGAGUUGAACCGUGUGUGUGGUUGCUGUGAAGAUUUGCCCUUCAAGGAGGAAGCCUGGGCCCUGCUGGUGGACGAGAGCCCUCAGGAAGCCUCGGAUGCAGACCCUGGUGGCCUCAGGCAGGCUUUCUAUGAUCACAGUAUCGUGGAGACUGUUCUGGACUUGGAAGAGGACUACAAUUUACUGACCUUUUAAAUACCGAAUUGAGUAAGGACAGUUGACUUCAGCUUUGAUUCUUUACAGCAGGAGUCUGAUGUUAGGGCGUCUGUGCAGGGCAGUCACAGUUGUUAUCAGGGGCCACAUUCUUCAGAGGCUUGGAAGAAUCUGAAUUACCCCAACCUUUUUAACUUCCAGUUGUGUCCCUUUUUGAGCUGAGAGCCCAGUUUAUUUGUUUAAUUCUGUUGCUUUGAAGUGUUUCUUUUUUUUUCACCUCUUUUUUUUAACAUCUUGACUGUUUUUUUGAUUGAUGUUCAAUAUACCCAGAACCCAAGGCAGGUGCAGGUCUUGGGCCUCUG